GGAAAACUGAUGCCUCAGUUUGCCCUAUAUAAUCACUUUAUGUUCCGCAGUCUACAAAAUAUCGUCAGAGUUUCCAAGAAAAUUCUUUAGUGGGUAAUGAAGACGUAUCAACCAAUCAGAAUGAGCCAAGUUGUUCCCGGUGUCAGCAGCAACAAUUUCUGGAAAUUUUUGUGAAAUUCCCUUUAUUUAUUGUAAAAGAAGCCCAGUGAAUAGAAGAAGAGUGAUAGUUUUACACCUUUUGAUUGAUUCUCCCCAUUUGUAUAUUACACAAGGUUCCAAUAAAAUAAUUUAGAAGCAUGAAGACUUGUAUGUUAUACGUGGUGUUCUUUUCCCUGGCCUGCACAACCUCGUUGGCACUCAAGGAAGAUGAGUGUGAAGUUUGUGUUAAAACUGUUCAAAGAUUCGCGGAUACCCUGACGGAUGAUCUGAAGAAGGAUACAAAGAAAAUUGAGGAAAAAUUCAAAGAAUUCUGCAAAGGGCAGAAAAACAAGGAGCAAAGAUUUUGUUACUACCUGGGAGGCUUGGAGGAAUCUGCAACUGGUAUUCUUGGUGAAUUAUCAAAACCACUGAGUUGGUCGAUGCCAGCAGAUAAAAUUUGUGAAAAACUAAAGAAGAAAGAUGCCCAAAUUUGUGAUCUCCGCUAUGAAAAACAAAUUGAUCUAAAUUCGGUAGACCUGAAGAAACUCAAAGUGCGAGAUCUCAAGAAAAUUCUCAGUGAUUGGGAUGAAAAUUGCGAUGGAUGCCUUGAGAAGACAGACUACAUUAAGCGGAUAGAGGAGCUCAAACCACAAUAUACAAAGACAGAAUUGUAGGACAUAUUUUCCAUUUGUAUCUCAUAAGAUUAAAUCUAAAACAAAAAUAUGUCUUUUCUGAGACUUGAGGAGAAUUUUUUUGCUGAGUAAUAAAUUAUUUAUAUUUGUCUCAUAAA